CUCAUCUCAGACUCCUGGGCUCAAGCAAUUCUCCCACCUCAGGCUCCCAAAGUGCUGGGAUUACAGGCAUGAGUCACCUCAGCCAGCCUCCAGUGAACUUUUAAAGAUUUAGCGCUUGGCCCCCGGGAGCUCCCUGGAGUCAGUAUUGGUGGCUUUGUUUUGUAUGCACCGUUUUCUCUCUGUGUUAUGGGAGAUGUCAAGGAAUCAAAAAUGCAAAUAACACCAGAAACUCCAGGAAGGAUCCCUGUUUUAAAUCCUUUUGAAAGUCCUAGUGAUUAUUCUAAUCUCCGUGAACAAACUCUCACCAGUCCUUCUGUUUUUAAAUCAUCAAAAUUACCAACUCCAGGGAAAUUUAGAUGGUCUAUUGGUCAACUAGCUGUAAUAAAUCCUGUAGAAAUAGACCCAGAAGAUAUGCAUCAUCAAGCUUUAUACUUAAGUCAUUCUCGAAUAGAUAAAGAUGUGGAAGACAAAAGACAAAAAGCCAUUGAAGAGUUUUUCACUGAAGAUGACAUCGUACCCUCUCCUUGGACUGAUCAUGAAGGGAAACAGCUUUCACAAUAUCAUUCCAGUAAAUGCACUCAUGUAAAUAGUGACUCUCCAAUUGGAUCAAAGCUGACCAUUUAUUCUGAGAAAAGCAAUGCUGUUUGUCAGACAUUGCUGUCUCUUCCUGUGGAUUUUAAUUUAUAAAAUAUAUUAGGUGACUAUUUUAGAGCUGACGAAUUUGCAGAUCAAUCUCCUGGAAACCUCAAUUCUUCAUCCCUCAGAAGAAAGUUUAGUUUUUAGAUGGGAACGGAAGCAUCUCUGACUCCUUACCUUCAGCUUCUCCCAGAAGUCCUCAUAGUGGUGUUCAAACAUCACUUGAGAUGUUUUAUUCAAUAGAUUUGUCACCUGUAAAGUGUAGGAGCCCCUUGCAGUUUUCUUCUAGCCCUAUUCAGGCUAGUGCAAAAAAAUACAGCUUGGGACGCAUAACUAGUCCUUCACCUAUUUCUUCACCCACUUUCUCACCAGUUGAACUUCAGAUAGGAAAGACCCCACUCUCAGAACAAAGGACGUUUACUCUUCAUUCUCCUGAUGCUUCAUCUGGAACAAAUUCUAAUGGGAUUACUAAUCCGUGUAUCAAAAGUCCUUAUAUAGAUGGCUGCUCGCCAAUUAAAAAUUGGUCUCCUAUGAGACUUGAGAUGUGUAAAGGUGGUACUCAGUAUCGGACCUCACUGAUUCAGAUACCUUUUACUCUUGAGACUCAAGGUGAAGAUGAGGAAGAUAAAGAGAAUAUUCCUUCCACGGAUGUCUCAUCACCAGCCAUGGAUGCUGCGGGAAUACACCUGUGGCAUUAUGGUACACAUUUGGUUGUGACUGCCUUGUCUGUUACACAAAAUCAGUCCAGUGCUUCUGAGAAAGACUUAGCACUGUUGCAGGAUGUUGAAAGGGAGAAAGACAAUAACACUGUGGAUGUGGUGGAUCCUGUAGAGACAGCAGGUGAGAACACUUGGAUUAAGGAGCCGGUUGAUAAUGGCAGUUUACCCAUGACUGAUUUUGUGAGGUCUUGGGCUGAGGUUGUGUUCACUCAGUCCCAUUCUGUGUCGGAGUCUCCAGGACAGACGGUCACCAUCUCCUGCACCCGCAGCAGUGGCAGCAUUGACAGUGAAUAUGUGCACUGCUCCUCCAACUCUGCCUCCCUCGCCACCUCUGGGCUGAAGUCUGAGGACGAGGCUGACUAUUACUGUCAGUCUUAUGACAGCAGCGGUUAUCACACAGUGCUCCAGCCUCAUGGGGAAAGGUGCCUGACCCCUCAGAUUCUAGGAACAUGGCCCAAGGAGGACGUAGGAGCUCUGCCCUUCCCCAGGUCCUGGGCACAACCUGGGCUGACCCAGGAAGCCUUGGUGUUAGGGUCUCUGAGUCAGAUGGUCAACAUCGCCUGCACUGGGAACAGCAGCAACAUUGGAUACAAUGGUGCUGACUGGUUGCAAGUUUCCUGGUGCUGCCUCCAAACUCCUCAUGUACGGUAG